AUGCCCAACCUACUUUGGGGUACUGUUCCUACUGUUCCACCAGUGAUUCUUUACAUCCUGCCCCAUGCCCAUCGCAUUCGAAGCUUACGUUGGCUUGGGCUAUCUCGCUCUGAGAUGCAGAUCCUGUUGUCGAACUUGAUAUUCGCGGCUCCCUCUCUUGAGACCCUGGAGCUUAGCUGCUCCCACCACGGCAAGAGAGAUGAUCUAUUGUUUGCUCCCGCUGAGAACCAAUUUCCCCGCAUUCGUUCCAUCUCCCUCUCAGGAAUAUUCAUCCCGUUAUCCCUGUCCAUGUUUCGCGGUCUCGUGAGUCUGCAGUUGGGCCACUUGAACUCAAGUCACACUCCAUCCAUGGAUAUGCUGCUCGACGUUUUGGAGGCCUGCCCGGAUCUGCAUGUCCUCUCGAUCACGCAUCCGCCGCGGAAAUCGGCUCAGAAUUGGCACUCAAACAGCAUCGUCUCACUUCCCAGGCUUUCUCAGCUAGGGAUCCUGAACAUGUCGCCGGAUAUGCCGCGUCUUCUCGACUACCUCAGGAUAUCUGCUCAAACAUGCGUGGACAUCCGCGGGCAGUCUACCCUCGCGAUGAGUGACGAGGAAGCGUGCGCACCCUUCCUCUUUUCUGGGAGGACGCGGCUGCCGAACCUCACAGACGUGACUGAUGUCGCGAUAUCCUUAUCCACACUCCUGAGCUUCGAUCUAGAGCUCACUGCGACCGCGGCGAGUGCGCAGAAGCUCAGGGUGAGGCUAGCGUACACGCAGUUUUCCCGCUCGGCCCCUUCGAAGGGUGCAUCCACGGUUUAUCGCGCCUUCGCGCAGCUCUUCGGCUCUUCUCCCGUGCGCAGCCUCUGCACGAGCGGCAUGGGUGGGACCGUGGACACAUGGCGCGACACGCUCCGGAGCUUCCCCCUUUUGCAGCGUCUGCACGUCCAGUUCAUCGGCGCGGAGGAAGCGGUCUCCCUCCUGCGGUGCCUCGCAGGGGAGGCGGAGGAAGAGCUCGUGUGUCCCGAGUUAGUGCACCUCGGUUUGCCGAACCACCUCGACCCGCAGCUCCUUGCGGCCGUUGUCGUGUGUCUGGACAGACGUGCGGCGCGCGGUUGCAGGCUGGGCACGUUCUCAUGGAGGAUACUAAAUGGGUCCCGCCAGCGUUUCAGGCUGAAGAUGGAGACGAUAGAGAUGAUCAAGAGGAAGGUCGAGGUAUUCGAAUGCGAUGCGUCGGAGGCUCGGAGGAGCGUAUCGGCUGCUAUACUAUUGUGA